AGAGAGAGAGAGGGAGAGAGAGAGAGAGAGAGAGAGAGAGAGCGCCUCUCAGCUUUUCCUCCCGUCCAGCCGUGCAGGAGCUCAGCGCGCGAGCGGCGGAUAAACAAGCGCGGUCAGCACGAGCGAGACACGGCGCCGUACAGAGGUAAAGAAGGCUCGUGCCCGUGAGGAGGAGACGGCGCUGAAGCCCUCCAUGGCCUCCAAGCUGAACCCCAACGUGCUGUACGUGCGCGAACCCCAAGGCGGCGGCGGCGGCGGUGGGGACGCGGGAGAUGAGUCCUCAGACAGCGACGGCGAGCAGGAGGAGACCUGCCACAAACUCAUCAGGAAGGUGUCCACUUCCGGUCAGAUCCGCGCCAAGAAGAGUGUAAAGGAGGGUCUCCUGUUGAAGCAGACCAGCUCCUUUCAGAGAUGGAAGAGAAGAUAUUUCAAGUUAAGGGGCAGAACUCUCUACUAUGCCAAAGAUUCAAAGUCUCUUAUAUUCGACGAGGUGGACCUUUCAGAUGCCAGUGUUGCAGAGACCAGCACCAAGAACAUCAACAACAGCUUUACAGUGAUCACUCCAUUCCGUAAGCUGAUGCUAUGUGCAGAGAGCAGAAAAGAGAUGGAGGACUGGAUCAGCGCUUUGAAGUCUGUACAGAAAUGGGAGACGUAUGAGGCGAGUCAGUUUAACAUGGAGCAUUUCUCCGGGAUGCAUAAUUGGUACGCCUGUUCCCACGCUCGCCCCGCCUUCUGUAACGUCUGCAGGGAGGCACUGCCCGGGGUCACUUCACACGGCCUGUCAUGUGAAGUGUGUAAAUUUAAAGCUCAUAAACGCUGUGCCGUCCGAUCCACGAACAACUGUAAGUGGACCACUUUGGCAUCCAUAGGAAAUGACAUCAUCGAGGAUGAAGAUGGGGUGUCCAUGCCUCAUCAGUGGCUGGAGGGGAACCUCCCGGUCAGUGCGAAGUGUGUGGUGUGUGAUCGGACCUGUGGCAGCGUGCGCAGACUGCAGGACUGGCGCUGUCUCUGGUGCAAAGCCAUUGUGCACAGUAGCUGCAGGGAGCAGUUGGGGAAAACUUGUCCACUGGGUCAGUGUAAAGUGUCCAUCAUCCCUCCCACUGCUCUCAACAGCAUUGACUCUGAUGGUUUCUGGAAGGCUACUAGUCCGUCCUGUUCCAGUCCUCUGCUGGUGUUGGUGAACAGUAAGAGUGGAGAUAAUCAGGGAGUGAAAUUUCUCCGCAAGUUCAAACAGCUACUCAACCCAGCGCAGGUCUUUGACCUCAUGAACGGAGGACCGCAGCUGGGACUGCGACUGUUCCAGAAGUUUGAGACGUUCCGUAUCCUGGUGUGUGGGGGUGAUGGCAGUGUGGGCUGGGUGCUGUCAGAACUGGAUAAACUAGGACUGCACAAACAGUGUCAGUUGGGCGUGUUGCCCCUCGGUACGGGUAAUGACCUUGCGCGGGUGCUGGGCUGGGGUGGGCUGUGUGAUGAUGAUGCUCAGCUGCUGCAGAUCCUGGAGAAACUGGAGAGAGCUACCACCAAGAUGCUGGACAGAUGGAGUAUAAUGACAUAUGAAGUUCCCACAAAGAACACUCCUGCUAUUGUUAAGGAGGAUGAUCCGCUAGAUUCUCCACUCCAGAUUACUCACUAUGCUGAUUCUGUUGCCACCCAUCUGACAAAAAUCCUGGACUCAGACAAGCACAGUGAUGUCAUAUCCUCUGCUAGGUUUCUGUGUGGGACAGUGAAUGAUUUUGUGGCUGAGGUUGGUAAAGCCUAUGAGCGAGCCACAGAGAAUAAGGAGGAGGCAGACACGAUGGCUAAAAAGUGUGCAAUGCUGAAUGAAAAGCUGGACUCUUUGGUGCGGGCACUAAGUGAGGAGGCCGAUGCUCAACUAGUGCCUGCCGGUUCCCAGUCGCCUGAGCAGGAGGGUGAGGGGAGCGGCUCGGACACUCCAGGGGUCCCCAGACCCUUCAGAUCCAGAGAGCAGCUGAUGCUGAGAGCAAACAGCCUGAAGAAAGCCCUCCGGCAGAUCAUAGAGCAAGCAGAGAAAGUGGUGGAUGAGCAGAACAGACACACACAGGUGCAGAGGAUGUCUUCCUUGUCAUCAAUCAAAAGAGGCAGCAGCGAGGACCUCAAGGAGGCAGAGCCACGUCAAAGUGCAAUCAGUCCCACCUCCACUGCCCCCAUAGUGCUGGAGAAACCAGACAGCUGCAACAGCGCAAUGCCUUUCACUGAGGAGUCUGUGCAGUGCACAGAGAAGUGUGUGAUGAAUAACUACUUUGGGAUUGGCCUGGAUGCCAAGAUCUCUCUGGAGUUCAACAACAAGAGGGAUGAACACCCUAAGAAGUGCAGCAGCCGCACGAAGAACAUGAUGUGGUACGGUGUACUGGGGACUAAAGAGCUGGUCCAGAAAACCUACAAGAACCUGGAGCAGAGAGUGCAACUAGAGUGUGAUGGAGUACCCAUGUCAUUGCCUAGUCUUCAGGGUCUGGCUGUGCUGAACAUCCCCAGCUAUGCAGGAGGCAUCAACUUCUGGGGAGGAACCAAAGAGGAUAAUAAUUUUGGAGCUCCGUCGUUUGAUGAUAAGAAGCUGGAGGUGGUGGCGGUGUUUGGAAGCAUGCAGAUGGCCAUGUCUCGCGUCAUUAACCUACAACAUCACCGCAUCGCACAGUGUCGGCAGGUUAAGAUUACCAUUAAAGGUGAUGAGGGAGUUCCUGUGCAGGUGGAUGGAGAAGCCUGGAUCCAACCACCCGGCAUCGUCCAGAUCAUCCAUAAAAACCGCGCCCAAAUGCUGACCAGAGACCGGGCGUUUGAGAGCACGCUGAAGUCGUGGGAGGAUAAGAGGAAGUAUGACAGCUGCCGCUCCACCCGGCCACGCCUCAACUCCCAGCAGUCCAUGGAGUAUCUGACUGAGGAGGAAUGUGCUCAGGUCCAACAGCUCGGCCUGGUGGCCGAUUCACUCAUCAACAGGAUACGGGACGUCGCAAAGACACAUAAGGUGGUGGAGCAGGAGUUGGCUCAUGCAGUGAAUGCGAGUGCUGCCGUCCUGUCUGAGGCGUUCCCCUCCAAACCCUCCAGCCCUGAGUGUCUGAGUCGCAGCACGGCUGUAGAGAUUGUAAACAGCAGUAAAGUGCUGCAGCUGGAGACUCGGAUGCUUUUAGAAGGAAAGCUGCUGCAGUUGGAGGCUCCUCAGGAGGAAGAGCUGCUCUCCACACUCAACUCUCUCAGUGCUGAAUUAAUCAAACUGGAGGACAUCCACUGGAUCUGUCCCAGCAUGCACUGCUCUGAGGAGGACUCAUCCCGGACCAGUACUAAGAGCAGUAUGAAGCUGAAGAUCAUGCCCAAAGUGAAGAAGGAGAGGGAGAAGCUGCAUAAGCAGCGCUCCAACAGCUCUCUCUCAGUGGAGAGAUGGGGUGUGGAGGAAGUGGGCACGUGGCUGGAUUCGUUGGGGUUAGGGGAGUACAGGGAGAGGUUUGUGGCCCGAGACAUCCAGGGCUGGCAGCUGACUCAGCUCCAGAGACACGACCUGAAGGAUCUUGGGAUAUCAAAGGUGGGGCAUGUGAAACGGAUCCUGCAGGCAAUUGAAGAGCUGGAGGGUCUGCUGUAGUGUCCCAGUGCUGUCGGACACUCUUCGCCACGGGAAGCUGCCUUUCACUGAGGAACAGGCGUUUAGUCGACUCUAAACGUGUGAGUGAGCAGCUUUGAGAGGCAUAGCUUCACAUCACGUUGCAUCGACGUUCUGGUCCUGUUCUCUCUUCGUUCUCUGCCUGUUGGUGGUUUCGGUGAUGCUGAUCAACAGAUGUUGGGCAUAGACUACAACUCCCAGAAUCCUUUUCUUUUCUCUCGCUUUCCUUAUUGGUUCCUAUUACGAGUGUGGUUUCUUGUUGUCCAUCUUCCAUGCAUGAGAUGAUUGUUUUCUUUAUCUUAGUCAUAUUCUUAUGUUUUCCUCCUUUCUUUUUAUCUAUAUUGACACGUUCAAAGCCAUGAGACACAAACUGGAAAUCCAUUCUUUUAAAAAGGGGAAAAAAAGUACUGUCUUCUCCUUUUGCCGGCAUCUGAACAAUGUAAAACGAACAAGAACCACAGAGGACAUUCUAAAUGAAGUGCAAAAAAAACCAAAACAAAACAAAACAACAAAAAAAAGCAUCUUGAAUGUAUUGUGGACUUGUAUUAUCUGUCUAAAUCAGCAGAACUGCAUAGUAGCUACUUCUGUCUAUAUCUAUUCAAAGACAGUUGAUGUUCUCUGCAUGCCUUUCAAGCCCACAAUCCUUGAGCAGAAAAACAAAAGCCGCAAGACGUUUUUUUACUUUUUACUUUUCUCUUCAGUCGUCGCCGAAGUUGUGCUGUUGUACCACUCGUGUGCCAGGUGAGCUGUUGUUCUAGAAGCUUUCAGUGACGUAAACUUGUGCCAAGUUUUUUUUUAUUAUUAUUAUUCAGAGGAAUCUCGUGGGGGAAAGAAUAAUCAUGCAGUGUCGUACAUUUCAAAAUGUAUUUUAUCUUAUUGCCUUGCACUUUAAAGAGGAAAACAGUUUUUCGGAAGCAAACUUGAAUGUUGUGUGUUAAAAAUUUUCCUCUGUUUUUAAGCAUAUUAUGAAAAGUGUAUCCCUAUUUAUGGCAAAUCUAACACAAGACUAAUAUAUUGUCAGAUUUAAUGAACGUUAGACCCAUGUCUCUAUUUACAGGGCUGGAUCUCAUAAUCUCCCAGAAGGUUUCAAUAUAUCCAUAUUAUAUAAUGUUAUAUAAACUAUGUGGAAUUCGGUCACUUUCUUAGAGUAAAUGGAGACAAACUUUGAUUUUGAAGUUGAUUAAUGUACGGCUCGUGAUCAGCCUUUACAAAAUGACUGGAAAAUUCUCUUUAGGGUGAAAUAUAUGCGGUACAAUGUAAGUUUUCUCCCAGAACUGAGGAAAAAAGGGAAGCAUAAAUAACAUACUCUUUCAGUGAUAUUUGUGAGCCAAAGUGUAACAGUAUUUCUUGAAUGGAAGGGGAAAAAAGAAAAAAAAACAUAAAAAUGGUCUUGAUGCAAACUUUUGAUGGACAAUUAAGUGCAAAUGCUGGACUGUAAUAUUUAUGUGUUUGUAUGAAGAUUCUCGCUGUGUGUGAUCAAAGUCCACUGUUUGGAGAAAAAUGUUCCCGUUGUCUCCUAAAAGUGUCAAACUAUUACAAUAGUGUUAGCAAAGCAAGGUUCAUGGAAAUGGCUGUGGUUCUGUGACCCACAAGAAAAACUGAUUUCUCUUUUUUUCUUCUAAAAGGGGCACCGAAAGAGACCUCUCGCACCUUUUUUUGGUUAUCCAUAAUUACAGCUAAUAGCAAGACUACUGCUUACUGUUUAUUGUUUACUCUUGAAGUUUAUUAUUUAUCUUUUUGAAUUAUUUAAAAUUAUGUUUCCGUGCCAUAUGGGUAGCUUCCAUGGCUCUAGGUCCGUCCCUUGGCUGCGAACACCUCUACUCCAGGAUUGUUGCUGUUAAUUUGAAGCAAAAAUAAAGUGUGGCCAUUGC